CGCCUGGGCCUGCGCCCGCCCACACCGCCGGCCGCGAGCCUGAGCCCGGCUUUUCUUAAGGCCCGGGAGCGCGGCGAGGACGCCGGGACCGGAAGCAGCAGUGGGAUGCGGCUGACGCGGACGCGCCUGUGCUCGCUGCUCGUCGCCCUGUACUGCCUCUUCUCCAUCUACGCCGCCUACCACGUCUUCUUCGGGCGCCGUCGCCGGGCGCCGGUCGGGACCCCUCGGGGCUCCAGGAAAGCGGCGGCGCAGGCGAAGGAGAGGCGCGGCCGAGAGCAGUCUGCCCUGGAGAGUGAAGAAUGGAAUCCGUGGGAAGGAGAUGAAAAAAGCGAGCAGCAACAAAGAAUUAAAAGUGGCCUGCAAAUAUUAAAUAAAUCCACCAAAGAAAAAGUAGAGCACAGAGUACAGAUCUGGGGCAAAGCUGCCAUUGGUCUGUAUCUCUGGGAACAUAUUUUUGAAGGCACUCUUGAUCCCGCUGAUGUGACUGCUCAAUGGAGGGAAGGACAGUCAGUUGUAGGAAGAACACAUUACAGUUUCAUCACUGGCCCAGCUGUAGUUCCUGGCUACUUCUCCAUUGAUGUGGACAAUGUGGUACUUGUUUUAAAUGGAAGAGAAAAAACAAAGAUCUUCCACGCCACCCAGUGGUUACUUUACACACAGAAUUUAAUGCAAACACAAAAACUGCAGCAUCUGGCUGUUGUUUUGCUGGGAAAUGAGCAGUGUGAUAAUGACUGGAUAAUGCAGUUCCUCAGAAGAAAUGGAGGCUGUGUGGACCUGCUUUUCAUAACGUAUGACAGCCCCUGGAUUAACGGUGCCGAUGUUCUCCAGUGGCCGUUAGGUGUAGCAACAUAUAGGAAGUUUCCUGUGGUUGAAGCCAGUUGGUCGAUGCUACAUGAUGAGAGGCCCUAUGUAUGUAAUUUCUUAGGAACUAUCUAUGAAAAUUCAUCAAGACAAGCACUGAUGAACAUUUUGAAACAACAUGAAAGUGAUCAACUUUGUUGGGUUUCUGCAAGGGAACAGUGGCAGCCUCAAGAGACAAAUGAAAGUCUUAAGAAUUACCAGGAUGCUUUGCUUCAGAGCGACCUCACAUUGUGUCCUGUAGGAGUGAACACAGAAUGUUAUAGAAUAUAUGAGGCCUGCUCCUUUGGUUCCAUCCCUGUGGUAGAAGAUGUCAUGACAGCUGGCCACUGUGGAAACACAUCCGGUCACCACAGCGCCCCUCUGCAGCUGCUCAAAGCCAUGGGUGCUCCCUUUAUCUUCAUCAAGAGCUGGAAGGAGCUUCCUGCUAUUUUAGAAAAGGAGAAGACUAUAAUUUUACAAGAAAAAGUUCAAAGAAGGAAAAUGCUACUUCAGUGGUACCAACACUUCAAAGCAGAGCUGAAGUGGAAAUUUAUUAAUUCUUUAGAAAAUUCUUUUUUUAUGAAUAAUAAAAGUUAA